UCGCCCAUCGAUACCCAGCUAGCGAAGUUCACAAUCAAAGUUGGCAACAUUGAUCCGCUUCUUUCUUCAUCUUUCUGUUCAUCUUCUUGUAGGCCUUAUAGCGUGAUCGGGGAAUUGCUAAUCAUGCAAAUCUUUGUGAAAACUCUUACGGGGAAGACUAUCACCCUUGAAGUUGAGGCAUCAGACACGAUUGAAAAUGUUAAAACAAAAAUUCAAGACAAGGAAGGCAUUCCACCAGACCAACAAAGAUUGAUCUUUGCUGGUAAACAAUUGGAAGAUGGCAGGACUUUGUCAGACUAUAACAUCCAGAAGGAAUCUACUUUACACUUGGUGCUGCGUUUGCGAGGCGGUGCCAAGAAACGAAAGAAGAAGAAUUACUCUACCCCUAAGAAAAUCAAGCACAAGAAGAAGAAGGUCAAGCUAGCAGUGCUUAAGUAUUAUAAGGUAGAUGAAAACGGAAAAAUUCACCGUUUGAGACGAGAAUGCCCUAUGGAGCAGUGCGGCGCUGGUGUAUUCAUGGCGGCAAUGGAAGAUCGUCAUUACUGCGGCAAAUGCGCAUAUACACUUGUAUUCAAUAAACCAGAGGAAAAAUAAAUUUCUGAAAUAUAUCUUUA